CCUUUUGGAUUUCAAGAUUUCUUUGUUUGAAAAUGCAGACAACAAGAGAAACUUGUUAAGAGCAUGAUACAAGACAUGUCUAGCCUCCAAUAUGAUGAGGAGAUUGUACUUUCGAAUGACUUAAUGAGGCAACUAAUUGCUGGCGACAAUUUACGGGAGCUGGUUUCCAAAAGGAGAAAAAUGCCAAUUACAACAGUGGAUGUGUGGAAAGAUAACCGGAUGCGCCAAAAUGACAUAUUCUCUAAACCUUUGGUACACGAAAUGUGUACUGGCCUACAGAAUGUAUACAAGAUUGAAUUUCCUCGGAUGAUUGUCUCUCAGCAAAUGAGACCUAUGAAGCUUGAUUUGAACUCGACUCCAGCAGCUGGUGUGCUUGAUCUGGACUUGACUCCAGAAGAUGAUGGUUUGCUUAAUCUGAACUCUAGUCCACCACAAGAUGAGCCGAUUCAAGAUCAGCAUGGAGGCCUAAGUGGUGUACCUGAUCCGAACUCUAGUGCAACACACAAUGAGCCGAUUCAAGAUCAGCAUGGAGGCCUAAGUGGUGUACCUGAUCCGAACUCUAGUGCAACACACAAUGAGCCGAUUCAAGAUCAGCAUGGAGGCCUAAGUGGUCUACCUGGUGGAGUACCCCGAGAGAUUCAAAAAAAUCUGACAAGUCAGGAGAGAUAUGGUGUCUACUUUGCUCUAAAAGUAAUCGAGCGCAAAGAUGGAAAGUUCACAACUUGCGACAAAGAACUUGUCGCAAGCAUGUUGCACACAAGUGUACGGUCAAUUGAGUGAGUCUGGAAAACAGCCCAAGAGCAGCUUGAACAAGGACUACCAAUCUCCAGCAAGAAGAAAGGCAAAUGUGGCGGUAAAAGGAAAGAUUUGGAUCUAUCGAGAACAUCAACAAUCCCAUUAAACAGAAGGAGAACUAUUCGAUCUCUUGCAAAAUCUCUGGGUGUUAGCCGCUCAACAUUGCAUAGAAGGUUUAGGUUGGGUGAGCUAAAGCGCGUCAGUAACACCCUGAAGCCAUCGAUGACAGAAGCUAACAAAAUACAGAGGCUACAACAUUGCCUUUCUAUGCUCGAUGAGAACUCACCAUGUAGGUUCAAGGAUAUGGACAACUUUGUCCAUAUUGACGAAAAAUGGUUCGACAUGACUAAAGUGAACAACUCGUACUACCUACUCCCAGAAGAGCCAAAACCAUUGCGCACAGUGAAAAAUAAGAAUAGCAUAGGAAAGGUGAUGUUCCUUGCGGCAGUUGCCAAGCCAAGGUAUGGUGAAGGAGGGGUAGUCACAUUUGAUGGCAAAAUUGGGACAUGGGCAUUUGUGAAGGAGACCCCAGCUCCUAAGAAGAGUAAACUUAGACCUAAAGGAACACUUGAGCUAAAAAAUGUGAAAGUUACCCGAGAUGUCAUGAGACAAUACAUGUGCAAUCUAGUGAUUCCAGCCAUCCAAGACAAAUGGCCCGAUGAGGAUGAGGGAACAACAAUCUUCAUUCAACAAGAUAAUGCGAAACCUCACCUCCUCCCUCAUGAUGAUGGUUUCCGACAGGCAGUAGCACAGACUGACCUAGACAUUCAGUUGAUCCAACAACCUCCGAACAGCCCGGACUUAAAUGUUCUUGACCUAGCCUUGUUCAGGUCUCUACAAUCCCUUACUGAUACGAGAGCACCUAAGAAUAUAAAGGAACUGAUUGAGGGUGUGGAAGAAGAAUACAAUAAUUAUGAGGUCAACAAACUGAGUAGAAGCUUCUUUACUCUCAAGACAGUUAUGAUUCAGAUAAUGCGGGUAGAAGGAGGGGUAGAAUAUGAUAUCCCGCACAAUUAUAAGGACCUCCUCGAGGCAGAAGGAAGGCUAGAAGAGGUAAUGGAUGAUCUCUGUGUCCCGACGAACAUACUUACAGAAACCAAAACUAUUAUACUCCGGUACAUCAAGCAACAAGAAGAACUAGCAAGAGAAGCAAGUGCCAAGCAAGCAGCCGAAGAAGCAAGCAACCAAGCGGCAAGAGAAGCACAUGAAGCAAGCAAGAAACAAGAGGAGCAAGUGGCAAGAGAAGCAUGCAAAGCAAGGAAGAAACAAGAGAGGCAAGCGGCAAGAGAAGCACGCAAAGCAAGGAAGAAACAAGAGGAGCAAGCGGCAAGAGAAGCACUCAAAGCAAGGAAGAAACAAGAGGAGCAAGCGGCAAGAGAAGCCCUCAAAGCAAGGAAGAAACAAGAGGAGCAAGCGGCAAGAGAAGCACUCAAAGCAAGGAAGAAACAAGAGGAGCAAGCGGAAAGAGAAGCACUCAAAGCAAGGAAGAAACAAGAGGAGCAAGCGGCAAGAGAAGCACUCAAAGCAAGGAAGCAACAAGAGGAGCAAGCGGCAAGAGAAGAACGCCAAGCACGGAAGAAACAAGAGGAGGAAGCGGCAAGAGAAGAACGCAAAGCACGGAAGAAACAAGAGGAGCAAGCGGCAAGAGAAGAACGCCAAGCACGGAAGAAACAAGAGGAGGAAGCGGCAAGAGAAGAACGCAAAGCACGGAAGAAACAAGAGGAGCAAGCGGCAAGAGAAGAACGCCAAGCACGGAAGAAACAAGAGGAGCAAGCGGCAAGAGAAGAACGUGAAGCAAGGAAGAAAAGAAAGCGACAAGAGAAGCUAGAAGCAAGAGAAGAAAACGAUGCAAGCAACAACAAGAAAGCAAGCGAAUCAGAUGUAUAGACAUCAAUUGUUAUAGCCAUGGUUAUAGCCAUGUUAUAGAACAAGAUACAAAUGUUAAUAUCUACACACAAGAGUCACUU